AUGGGUAAAGGCCUAAAUGAAAUUCCCCGAGGUGCUGAGCACGUGAUGUCUGUCAAUUACGGAUACAACUACAUUGCUGACCUACCAGAUUUCAUUUUCUUCCUCAACGGUUACAGAUCCGUACACAAGAUAGAACUCUAUCAAAACAAAAUAGCAAAUGUGAGCCAGAAAGCGUUCAAGGAAUUGAAACAACUGAAGACAUUGGACCUAUCAGGCAACAAUAUAAGCACGUUGGAUACUGGAACUUUCAAGUGGAACCUGAAGUUGCAAAAGCUGGAUUUAUCCAAUAACAGAAUCAGUUUUCAUCGCGUCAAACCCUUCCUGACUUCCGCUUCCUUGGAAACCCUUAUACUAACUGACAAUAGGAUUGAGCAAAUUUUCGAGGCAACUUUCGUCAAGUUGCCAAAUCUGAGGAUAUUGAUGAUGGACAAUAAUAUAAUAUUUUCUAUAGAGCAGAGUAGCUUUGCUUCAAUGCAUCUGCACUAUUUGUCUCUAGCUAACACUGGUGUGUAUAGAUUGGGUGAAGAUAUGUUUAUGAACGAUUCUUAUCCAAGAGUGAUAGACUUAACAGAUACUCCACUAGCAAAUAAAUUCGACCCACCCUUGAGAAAAGUUAAAAAAGAAGGUGUCAUAAACCUUUUGGCCCUUGAUAGAUACUUUUGA